AUGCGCUCACGUGCUUACGCAGUUCACGCGGUCACAGCGACACACUCCGAGCUAACUCGAGAGCAAAUCAUUUGCGAGGUGAAUUUUAGGAUGGCAGACAGUGAAUCCAUAAAGAAGAUGUUGAGGUCUGUGCUACAGUCCAGUAAGCACGGGGUGUGCAUCUCCAGCCUGCAGGCAGAGUACCGGUCCCUCUGCGGAGAGACUAUCCCUCUGAAGCGACUGGGCUUCUCUAACCUGGAGGACUACCUGCGCAGCAUCCCCUCAGUGGUCCGCUUGGACUAUCGACAAGGCGUUAUUGUUUGUUUUGCUGCUGUGUGCAAAGAAACUGCUCAUAUCGCUGAAUUGGUGGCACGGCAAAAAAACUCCAAGAAACGGUCUCAAGUUGUGAACUGUAGGAUGAGAUUUAAACCCUCCAACCUGUAUUCAUUAAAUGUGAAACCAAAGACGUCACUUCGGCAGCCGUCUAACUGGAACACACAGAAACGACCACCUCAAGGCUAUGGAGGCUUCAGUGCAUCAGGAGAUGUCAGAAAGUUAGACCCACAGUAUUCUGCCAUCCCUGUGCAGCGGCGGGCUCCAGUUCCACAACCAGCUCAACAUAAUAAUGUGAACAAUAAAGAAAUGGGGUUCCAAGUAAACCAAAGGCCUCCAGGCAUAUCUCAAACUCAAAAAGAAAAUAUUGUGCAAGUGCAUCCAAAUGAGUUUAACUUGGAGAUGGAGCAGAGUAAACUUAUUGAAAUCUUGAAAGAAUAUAACACUGGAUUGUGGGUAUCUAAACUACAAGAUGUGUACCGUCAAAUGUUUAAUCAACACCCCCAUCCCAAGACUUUUCAGGAGCUGGAGAAGUGGACGCACAUUUGUGCCCUCGAGAAACCAUCCAUCACAAACAGAGCCGAUUGUUUGAUUUACCCUUCAUUACCUUCAUUACCUAACGCAGUGCCACAGCUCUUCGAAGACACAUUCAAAAUGCCUCUUCCUGAACAUGCCCUCGAUGACUUAUCCAUCUGGGCCGACAUCUGUGAUGUGGAGUGGCCUUACCCUAAAGACAAAAAAAAGGCCAUCCUUUAUUACGCCGAUCGAGUAAUGGGAACAACGGAAGAGCGAGCCCACCCUCUUCCUUCAGGCCUUGAGGUGGUGGGGUCCAUAGGUCCUCCACGGUUGGCUCUCCCUUCAGAGCAGUAUCCAUCCGUUUUGAUCACUGAUGCCAAAGGCAGCAAUGCUGUUACUGUCAGAUAUGUUGGCAAGAACUACUCAAAUGCUCAGGAAGCCAUGGAGGAAGCCAUGCGCUGCUUUUAUGGGGAAAGAUUGGCUGGUUACUCUCUGAGUAAGGUCACAAUAGGGCAGCUUGUUGCUGUCAAAGAAGAGGACGAAGAAGUGGCCAGAGCACAGAUCAUGGAGGUCAUUAAUCCACAAAAGGUUAAGGUGUAUUACUUGGACUAUGGCUGCUGUAUAGAGACGAGUACGCAGAAUCUCAGAGAGCUCCAUCAAGAUUUCCUCUCUCUGCCUUUUCAAGCUAUUAAUGUUAAACUGGCAGGUCUUGAACAUUUAAGCUUGCACCCAUUAGUGGUCUCCACCCUGGAGAAACUGGCUGUUGGAAAGAUCCUCCUUAUGGAGACAUUGGAACCCUGUCGGCCGAAUGAAGUUCCUCUUGUAGUAUUGUUUGACACCUCACAGGAGGAAGAUGUAAACGUCAAUGCAGGCUGUCUAAAAGCUCUGCAGGACGAGACCAUGAACAACCCUCUCCUAACAGAAGUCGCUUAUCAGAAUGUUCGUGUCACAAAUGUAAGUUCUGAUGGGAUCAUCUACUGCCAGCUGCCAUCAAGAGGUACGGCACGACUCUCAAAAUUACUGGAGGAAACGGAGGCCUUCUUCAAAACUCAGGUUACAUCAGAAUCUCUGGUCUCCAAACCUUUCACUGGAAUGUUGUGCCUUGCACGCUAUCAAGAGAAAUGGUCCAGAGUUGAGGUCAUCAGUAUUUAUGGCAACAGGGUUCUUGAAAUUCUGCUCAUUGAUUUUGGAGUGACUUCAACAAUUGAAGUCACUGAGCUGCGAGAGAUCCCACCUCCAUUACUUAAGGACUUGCUUGUCAUCCCACCUCAGGCCAUCAAAUGUAUCCUUGAGGAUGUCAACGUGCCAGAGGGAGGCUGGAGUCUAGAGGCUGUUAAAUGGGUGAAGGAAUUGGUUCUUGGUGGUGAAGCUACUAGAAUGAAGAUUUGUAGAGUUGGUCACCAUAAUGGAAACAAACUUGUCUACAUGCACUUGUUCAUUGGAGUCGACGCUUCAGGUGAAGACAGCAUCAACAAUCAGCUGUCUCAGUCAAAGCUCUGGCAGAAUCUUCUGACGAAACAUAUAAACAACAUCAAGACAGCCACAGGUCUGAGUGAACUUGUAGAGAAGUUGAGCCUGAGCAGUUCUGCACCUUUUAAAAAUAUUCCAGUAAUACCAGUAAAAGCCACUGGAUUACUGAACGAGAAAUGUAAUUCCCCUUUGUCAAUGCCUCCAAUCAUUGACCUCCCGCAGUCUGGCCAAAACAUGGAUGUGUUUGUGCCUGUGGCCUGUCAUCCAGGACACUUUGUGCUACAACCAUGGCAGGCCCUGCAUAAACUUGUGGUGUUAAUGGGGGAAAUGGUUCUUUACUACAACAAAACACCUAAGACUAGCCCACAGCCAGAAAUUAAAAAGGGAGAAAUCUAUGCGGCGAAAGUUGACAAAAACUGGCAUCGUGUGCUUGUUAAAGGCAUGUUAUCAAACGGCUUCAUUUCUAUUUAUGAGUUGGACCAUGGCAAACAUGAGUUGGUUCGAAGCACAGCCAUUCAACCUUUGAUUGAAGAAUUUCGACAACUUCCGUUCCAAGCUAUUACUGCUCAACUGGCAGGUUUGUCCCAGCUCCAGUGGUCUGAAGAGGCGGCAAUGGUCUUCAGGAAUCACAUAGAGCAGCGUGCGCUGGUGGCUCAGGUGGAUAGUGUGCAGGAGGCUCCAGACUCCAGGGCGUGUCCCUGGGAGCGAAGGCUCUCUGUGUAUCUGGUGGACACCACCAUGGAGGACAGAGACCUGUGGAUUCACACCAUCAUGGCUGAUCUGGGUGGAAACCAUAUCUGGUCAAAGUAUGCGCCCUGUCACCCGCCGGGACGCCCGGCUAUAAAUAGUGCUGGAGGAGGUCUUUUGGACUUCUGUUAUCUUCUCUCGGGGGGUUUUCAAGGUGUACCACCGUCCAUCAUGUCAGUGAUGAGAAAGGAGAUGGAAAAGUACCGUGACGUGGACGAGGACGAGCUGCUAAAGAAGCUGUCAGAGGAAGAGCUUCAGAGGUUAGAGGAUGAACUCGAAGAGCUGGACCCUGAUAAUGCUUUGCUGCCCGCUGGAUUACGUCAAAAAGACCAGACGAAGAAAGCUCCAACCGGAACAUUUCAAAGAGACAAUCUUUUGGCUCAUUUGGAGAAACAGGCCAAAGAGCAUCCCGACCAAGAGGACCUGGUGCCCUUCACUGGGGAGAAAAGAGGGAAAGCCUGGGUACCAAAGAAAAUGGUAGACCCCAUCAUGGAGUCAGUGGAGCUGGAGCCAGAGCUGGAGGAGGCUCUUGCAAGCGCGACAGACGCAGAACUGUGCGACAUAGCAGCCAUUCUGGGCAUGCACACUCUAAUGAGUAAUCAGCAAUACUACGAAGCCCUGGCCAGCAGCACCAUCGUGAACAAACAAGGACUGAACAGUGUGAUCCAGUGCACUCAGUACAAACCGGUGCCGGACGAGGAGCCAAACUCGACAGAUGUGGAAGAGACUUUGAUGAGAGUGAAGAAGAAUGACCCAGAGCUGGUGGAAGUCAACCUCAACAACAUCAGGAAUAUCCCCAUCCCGACUCUGAAGGCCUAUGCCGACGCUCUGAGGACGAACUCUGUGGUGGAGAGGCUCAGCAUCGUCAACACCAGGAGUAAUGACCCAGUAGCAUUUGCACUUGCAGAAAUGCUUCGAGUAAACACUACUCUAAAAAGCCUCAAUGUGGAAUCCAACUUUGUCACAGGAGCUGGAAUCAUGACACUGGUGGAGUCCCUGCAGUUUAAUACGACACUACAGGAGCUUAAGAUCGACAAUCAGAGCCAACCCUUGGGUAACAAAGUGGAGAUGGAAAUUGCCACAAUGCUGGAGAAAAACACUACCUUGUUAAAGUUUGGCUACCACUUCACUCAACAAGGCCCUCGCCUCCGGGGAUCCAAUGCUAUGAUGAACAACAACGACUUGGUAAGAAAGAGAAGGCUUGAAGGAGGACCCAUUUUCCCCAAAUGUCGGACAAAUGUUUGA